AUUAUCAGGUGUCACAGCAGACUGAGGUGUUUGUGCGUGUUUGGAGCAUGUAUAUGGCGUCCGGAGGAGAAGCAGUGUUCCGGGCGGUGGAGACGCCUCUGCUGUGUCUCGGUGCUCUGACCGCGGCCUGGCUGUCUGUGUGCUCCGUGUGCCGGCUGCUGUCCGGGAUCAGGGUGUGGGUGCUGGGGAACGGACGGCUCGUGUCCCCCGUCAUACUGGGCAAAUGGGCAGUCGUGACGGGGGCCACUGAUGGGAUUGGGAAAGCCUACGCUGAGGAGCUUGCCCGCAGAGGCUUUUCCAUCGUGCUGAUCAGCCGCUCUCAGGAGAAGCUGGACGAUGUGUCCAAGGCGAUCGCCAGUAAAUGUGGUGUGGAGACCAAAACCAUCGCAGCCGACUUCAGCGCUGUGGAUAUCUACUCUAAGAUUGAAGACGCACUCAAAGGACUGGAGAUUGGAGUUUUGGUGAACAACGUGGGAAUUUCUUAUUCUUACCCUGAAUUCUUCCUCAACGUCCCCAAUCUGGAUUCUUUCAUCGACACCAUGAUCAACAUCAACAUAAUGUCAGUGUGUCAGAUGACUCGUCUUGUUCUACCUGGGAUGGUGGAGAGGAAGAAGGGGGCCAUCCUCAACAUCUCCUCUGCCAGUGGGAUGUACCCUGUUCCUCUCCUCACCGUCUACUCUGCCUCCAAGGCAUUUGUGGACUUCUUUUCAAGAGGACUUCAAGCUGAAUACAAGAACAAAGGCAUCAUUAUUCAGAGUGUUCUGCCAUUUUUUGUUGUAACCAAGCUGAGUAAAAUCCGCCGGGCUACGUUUGACAAGCCCAGCCCAGAGCGCUACGUUUCAGCCGAGCUCAACACCGUGGGGCUGCAGACUCAGACCAAUGGCUACCUGCCCCAUGCCGUUAUGGUAAGUCUUGGGCUGGGUGACUACAGCUCUGCUCCCUGCCAAGAUCCUCAACAGCUACAUGAUGGGGAUGGGUUUGUCCCAACGCGCUCGUUACCUCAAGAAGCAAAAGCAGGGAUAGAUGGAUGUGCCGCAGCAGACAGAGGAGGAGGGGGACGAGGGGGGAGACCAGCUGUGUUAACGACUCAUCGGACUACCAUCAUCAUCACGGACCAAGAGGAGGAAGUGUGACAGUUUCUGGGCAACCACCCUUUACACGCUCCCAGUUAUAGAUGAGGCCAAACUGGCCCCAGUUGCCGCCACAUGUUUUCCAUCCGAAGCAGUUGAGUGAAAAAUGCCGAACAAAAGUGGUGGUCCUCAUUGAGUGAUCAGCUUUAAUGAACGGAACACUAACAUGGAAACUCAAAAGAAUCCCAACAGCCUGCAAAACAUCAUAGAAACUGAAACCUAAACGGUGAUGGCGAAAUAUAAUUAAGAUCUCUGAGGUUGUCCUCUUUAUGUUUGAGCCUCCUGUGAGUAUGUGAACCAGCUUUUUGGGCUAUUUUGACUGGCUUAAAGCUAUUUAGCAGCACACUGUAGUUUUAUGAUUUACUUAAUGCUAACACUUUCUAAAGAACUUAAAACAAUCACUUACAGGCUGAAUGCUUUUUCUUCUGUGUGAUCAGAGCUAUCUCAUCUCGUCUUUCUGUUGGAUUUUUGUUUCUGCGACAUUUUCUUAUCAGAAGGUUUGAAGCGCUCCGUUAUUUACCUUUUCUUUUUCUUCAGAACCCACUUCAAAUCUUUGCCUUUUAACUUCAUUUGUUCCUCCCCAGUAUUAGUGCGGUGGUGAAAGGGAGAGCGUGUGUAAUCGAACCAAACUACUAACAUGAUCAUUAGGAAAAGGGAGAGGUUGGUGGUAGAAAAUCAAAAUGUAUGUUUUUGUCACUUGCUUAAUUCUUUCAUCAGAUUCAUUGUUGCGACCGGCGUUGUGGUCUGGUAUGGAUUUCUGUCACAUUCCAGUCAAAUAUUCCUGGAAAAAAAAAUGAGUAUGUGGUUUGUUUAUGUGUUUGUGCGCGUGCUGAAAUAAGUCCAUAAAAUGUACAUUGAUCUCAGUUUGCUCACUUGUGUAAUUGGAUCGAAUGUCAAACCAAACCAUUGAAGCUUUGUUUAAAAUCUCCAAUACUUUUAAUGUUUGACUUUCUCUGUGUGGGUUUUGUUGACUCGGUUGUGUUCGUUCAGAAUGUCAAAUAGAAGUCUCGCUUCAUCAGCUUUAAGUUCUACUGUUUACUCUAAAUGGAAAGUUUGUACUUGACAUUUCACACACACUAAACUGUUAAAGUGAAAGGGGACCAACAUCAGUUUUUGAGGCCGGUGCUUCUCUCAAGGGUAAUGGUAUUAAGAUAUCUGUCUGGGGGUGAAAGCAGAGCAAACUAGAACCAUUAGUAUGUACUGACUUUAGAAAACUGCUUUGCAUUUGUCCUUGCAGCCGUCAAUAAAUAUCCGUUUCAAUAACUUCAUCCGCUCAUUUGUGUGUUCCAGCUUCAUGUGCUCUGUCUCACCUUUCUUGUCACUUGUGUUUUAAAUCACAUCGGAGUAAAAUUAAGUGCAUGGAGGGGGACCAAUUGUAGCCAACAUCCAUGAAAAAGGUUCUAACAAGGGACAAUUGUGGUUAAAACAUCUUUAAUGUCUGUAAAUCUCCAUCUGUGUCGAGUUCGAUCUGUCUUAAACCUUUCUGUAAAAGGUCCACAAACUCUUCUGUGUCAUUAAAAUGCUUCAUAUAUA